UCCUUUCCAUCUUUUUCGGAUCCUUGUGGCCACCUGUAUUCUCUCUCCGGAAAACCGUUAUUCCAUCCACUCCAGUUCAGCCUGCUGAAAUGGCCAAGCCAAGAGUCUUCUUCGACAUCACCGCCGACGGUAAAUCCCUCGGCCGCAUUGUGAUGGAGCUUGAGGCCGAAGUGGUGCCCAAGACCGCUGAGAACUUCCGUGCCCUCUGCACCGGCGAGAAGGGCUUCGGCUACAAGGGCUCCACCUUCCACCGUGUCAUCCCCCAGUUUAUGUGCCAGGGCGGUGACUUCACCAACCACAAUGGAACCGGUGGAAAGUCCAUCUACGGCAACAAAUUUCAGGAUGAGAACUUCACGCUGAAGCACACUGACAAAGGUAUCCUGUCCAUGGCCAAUGCCGGACCAAACACCAACGGAUCCCAGUUCUUCAUCUGCACAGCCCCAACAGCAUGGCUUGAUGGAAAGCACGUGGUGUUCGGUAAGGUGGUCGAGGGCAUGGAUGUCGUAAGUGCCAUGGAGAGCCUUGGCAGCCAGAGUGGCAAAACCUCGAAGAAGAUCAUCAUUGCUGACUGCGGACAGCUCUGAGCUCCAGCACUUAACCCUCUCUGCGCGCCCUGUAGCCACAUCCCUGUAGGCUCCAGCCCUGCCCCCACCCUCCCCCCUCCAAUUCAACAUUCCUAUUGAUGGAGAUUCAGCUGAUUCCCCCCUCCCCAGUCCCUCUACCCCCUUUUAUAUUCUGUUGUUAAGACCAUGUUGUUGCAUUUGUGACUUUGCCUUUAAAGUUUCUUUUGCAUUAACGUUUUUUUCCACAAAGUCCCAACGGUUUUUUGUUAAGUCAAAAAAUGAAAUGAGAGAAAUAAAAAGUUGCCUUGACAAUUGAAA